CAUCUCAGGACACCAAGAGCAGAAUUAGGAAAAGCAACCAAUCUCCAUGUAGAUGGUCAUUACCUGAGUAAGUGUAUGCACGAUGAAGACGGGAAGUUUGGCCUGCGAGUAACUAAUAUCAGAGGAGACAAGUGGAUUGCUUAUGGUGAUGAAAUGCUUCAUAAAAGCGAAGACAAUUUUAAACAUGUUGUCGAGGCUAUUCAGAAAUCAGUCAACCAAGUGUAUGAAGCCUACCAAGACCCUAAUAAAGUUAUCGACAUCGCUGAGGUUACCAAUAUCAUCCCAUUUGUUGACAAUGAAGAGAAAAACAACUAUCCUUUGUUCCAAGUGAAGCCGGAUGGAAAACUACACAGGCGGUCCAACAUAAAUGAUCUGCAAGAUGCCAAUACAAUCUCUAAUUGGCGGGGGCUCUCGACAGUGACGAAGCUAUCAGUCCAGUACAAACCAAAAAACUCAGCAAUAUAAACUGAUGAAGACUCAUUUCAGCACACUUUUCAGUGCAGAGGGCACUAAGUGCAUGUAUGUGUUUUUCCUUUUAUUUCGUUUUUACUGGUUUUUUUUUUCUUAUUAUCCUUAACUAGGUUAAAUAAAUUUUUUAAAAUAUGUGUGAGAAUAACAUUGAAUUCCGUUCAAUUUAACCAGUAAUUUUGGUAAGUGUUUUGGAGACAUGGUGUUUAUGAUAUUUAUACUAAAAGUGGCUGGAGUAUACCGAGGUGGAGAGUGAGCACAGGAGCUCUUUUAGCACCGUCUUCUGCCAUUCGGCCUUAAAAGAUGGCGAGUGUGAUAAUUAAACUAUUCAAUUUGCGUUCCUUUUAAGAAUUUUGAAUCUGCUUGUCUAGUUUUAAGCUGUAAAAUAUCAGUCGUUUAAAAUCGUAACCUUUGCAGUAGAACUAAGCUCUACAUUUAUCCUGAGCACAUAUAUUCUACAGUUCCAAAUGUUGCGCAAGAAAAAUUCAUCGACUGAUAAACAUAACUAUGAUAAUAAUGGUCUUUUGCAAACCUCAGUCUUCAUAGGAGCAAUGUCGAAAGCAACGAGUAGGCUAAUAAAUGUUGACCAAAUCGAACGAAGUAACUGUCUUUCUUGUUUCAUUAAUUCACUCGCUGCUUUAGACAUUACUGAUCUUAGCAAUGCUCAGAGUGUUCGUCAGACACAAAACUAAAAAUUUCCUGGCUCACCGAGA